CACACACAAACCACCUACAUAUCACCCACUUAUAAUAAUAUCUCAACACAAGAGGCUUUAUUUUCAAAGCACAAAUACCACAUCCACUAAUCACCAUUUCUCUCUCUCUCUCUAUAGUAUAUGUGUAUGGGGUCUGGUUUUUCUGGGAUGGGCGGCAGCAGUGAGGGAGAGGGAGAGAAGGGCCUUGGAGAGCUGCCAGAGAGCUGUAUAGCUUGGGUUCUUUCAUAUCUGGAGGCAUCGGAGAUCUGCAGAGUCGCACGUGUGAACACAACUUUCCACAGAGCUUCUUUGUCUGAUAGUUUAUGGGAAUCAAAAUUGCCUGAAAAUCACGAGAUUCUUUUAAGGAAGGUGUUCGGCGGAGAUCCUUCGUUUUCGACCAAGAAGGACAUCUAUGCAACCCUCUCCACGCCCUUCCGCUUCGCCUCUCACACUAAGGAGGUUUGGUUGGAUAAAAAGAGAGGAGGAAUUUGUGCGGCUAUUUCAUGGAAAGCAUUGAAAAUUACAGGCGUAGAAGAUCGCAGAUACUGGAACCACAUCUCUACUAAUGAAUCAAGGUUUGGCACAGUUGCUUAUCUCCAUCAAACAUGGUGGCUAGAAAUAGGAGGCAGCUUGGAAUUCGAAUUCCCCGUCGGCACCUACAGCCUCUUCUUCCGUCUGCGUCUCGGCCGCCCCUCCAACGGCGGACGAAUCCCUGAAAAGAUUCACGGCUGGGAUGUUAAGCCCAUCACUUUCCAAUUAGAGUCAUCAAAUUCCCGCCAUACAAAAUCCGAGCUCUUCUUCAACCAACAACCCAAAUUCGAAUGGUUAUACCAUCACGUUGGAGAUUUUUCGGUCGAGGAUUCUAAUAUUCCGACGUCGCUCAACUUCUCUAUGACUCAGAUUGACUGCACACACACUAAAGGUGGACUCUGUGUGGAUUCAGUGUAUGUCUUUCCUUUUACUGGACGACCAUAUCCACUCACAUAAGUUC